AUGUUACAUAACCUCGGAACUGGAACAGAAACAAAAAAAGGAAGCGGUAAAGGGCAAUCAAGCGACGAGAAGAUGGGUGGUGUAGUCACUAGUAUGGCUGAGUCUAGUGCUCAGGACUAUGGUAUGGAAAAGUAUGAUGAUUUCAUGGGAUCAAAGUUUCAACCGGUGAAGGAUCCAUUCUAUUCGGAACUAAGUAAUGGGAAAAGGGUUCGAAGGAAGUUGCCUGCAUAUUGCACGAAACAGGAAACCAAGACAUGGAAACGGUUACAGAACCGAGCAUGGUACGACGACCGAUGCUUCCUCGGGUGUGGAUGUAUCUGGAUUGAUUGGGGCAUCGGUUGGGCCACGGUACUUUCGUUGCUUCCUGUGAUCGGACCGAUCUUAAUGUACUGGGUACACAGCUCUACGGUGGAAUACGCAAGGAAACGGUACAAUUUGCCCAACGAUCUGUUGGUGAAGAUGCAUGCAAACAUAGUGUUUGAUCUAUUAAUAACGUUACCCCCGAUAAUUGGCACGUUUUUGACCUGGAUGAACGCAUGUUCUACUAGAAAUGUCGCAAUGGUGUACAAUUACGUAUGUAAGGAUUCGUGGCAGAGGUAUCUACAGCAGAACCCAACACAAAGUGCACCGGUUGGGUUCCAACCGAUGCCAAUGGCUGCGAACCCACAAGUCCCAGCCCAAGCAGUCCACCAUCAGGUAUAA